CCGACACACGUGACGCCAAGAAUUGCCACUUCCCCACGGCUCACACUUGCAAAUCUCAUCGCCACUGCUUCACCUCUGCACCCCCAGCGCACUGCAUCGCCAAUUCAACCACACCACGGUCAAACCAUCGAACCGAAGCACAAUCAACCAACACUCAUCAAAACACCGCAAUCAUGGUUCUCGCCGUCGAUCUCCUCAACCCAACGCCUCAGGCUGAGGCCCGCAAGCACAAGCUGAAGACCCUCGUCCCAGGCCCACGCUCAUUCUUCAUGGACGUCAAGUGCCCCGGCUGCUUCACCAUCACCACUGUCUUCUCGCACGCACAAACCGUCGUCGUCUGCGCCGGCUGCUCCCAGGUCCUCUGCCAGCCCACCGGUGGCAAGGCCCGCUUGACCGAGGGCUGCUCAUUCAGGAGGAAGUAGAGGCUGCGCUGCACGGGAACAAGGGACGGAAGGGAAGAAGAACAUGAGUGGAUGGAAGACUCGAGCACAUACUGCAUGGAUGGGAAGAUCACCGCUGUGGAAUAUGAAAAGUUCGACACAUACCCUCGGCUGAAAAUUUUCUUCUCGUCAUACACCGACCCGAGCAACACGAAUAUGCGCGCGGAUUGCUUUUGAGGGCUUUGCAGAUGAGGAAACGGCGUUCAAUUGUGAUGCAUUGGAGGUGAGAUGGCGUGGUGCGUUUUUCUUAGCGAGGCGAGCUCGGGCAUGUUUCUGAUUAUGGGAGCUGCUGCUGGGUGAGGACCCAGACACCGCGCAUCGAGGAGGCCUACCCUUGCGUGGUACUGUCAGUGUACUUCAAAAAUACAAAUCAAAAACAUUCACCAAC